UCAUCAGCAAGUACAUAGUGGGUCAAUCAUCAUCUUUCUCCCAAAAAAUCAUCAUGGCUCAACAAUCCACCAAACUCCCCAUAAAAAUCAUCACCGGUGCCGAUUCUAACGGCUGCAACCUCAAAGACAGCUUAGUAUCCCAACUCCGUUCUCUCAACAUCGAAGUCGUCGACCUCGGCACCGACAAAUACUAUUCCAUCGGCGAACAAAUCGGUCGCCACGUCAGCCAAGCGGCCAAUAACCCCAACCCCGCUGUCGAAACACGAGGACUCGUCGCUUGUGGUACAGGUGUCGGAGUUGCCAUAUUCGCUAACAAGUUCCCUGGUGUAUAUGCUGCCACGUGUCUCAACCCUGAUGAAGCUCGUAACGCUCGUUCGAUUAAUAAUUGCAAUGUUCUUGCCGUUUCAGGGAUGAAUAUGACGCCGGAAGUGGCUUCUGAUGUUCUUAAGGCUUUUUUAGAGACACCCUUUAAGUCUCCUUGUCCUGCUUCGGGUUCUAACCCAUGGCCUGAUGAGAUUGAUCAAUUCUUGGACAAUUCGGUUCUUGAAAUGAAAAGGAUUGGUGCUUUGGAAAAUGGGGAGAAAGGGGAAUCUGGGGUUUGUAAUCUUUGUUCAUUGGUUAAGGGGAGAGAGUUUAAGGAUGUGGAUAUAAUGCCUGGUGGUUCGAUUAGUAUAGUGAGGGAGAGUCCUACUGCAGCGUUUGUGAGGUUUACCGCAGGGAGUGUUGAACCGGCGCAUCAUCAUACAUUUGGGCAUGAUCUUGUGGUGUUGAAAGGGAGUAAGAGGGUGUGGAAUUUGAGUAAAGGGGAGAAAUAUGAUUUGGGAGUUGGGGAUUAUUUGUUUACUCCAGCUGGGGAUGUGCAUAGGGUGAAGUAUUUUGAGGAUACUGAGUUUUUUAUCAAGUGGGAGGGGCAGUGGGAUUUGUUACUGGAUGAAGAUCAUGCUGCUGCCAAUGCUGCAAUUGAUAAGGAAAUGCAGAAUUGAUUGAUCCAAGUGAGGCCUUUGUUGCUAUGCUUUACUAUGUAUUUGGGUUGAUUUCCUUGGUUAAAACAAAGCUAGUUGUGGUCUUUGACAGUUUAUGUUUAUUUGUAUCCUUUGCUGUUGCUAUGUGAUCUUUAAAUGAACAUGUCUGUGGUAGUGGGAGACCACUGCUUAUGUAUAAAUUAUGCUUCUGAGUUUCAUAA